AUUCGGAUGGUUGAUUAAAAUUUUGCUCGUAAUAAAUAUGGUUUUAAAACGUACUUUAAUUAAAUUUUAAUACUGUAUUAUUAUAUUGUUUGGACCAAAUCCCGUGUCCGUUAUCGAAAAUGCACAAAUAUUUGCGAUUUCCCAAGUGAAAAGAUAAACGAAAAAUUGUUAUGCUGCUGUAGAAAAACAACACAGUGUAGUGCGAAUAAUAGAGGUGGAGUAUUUUGAUACAUCAAGAGGGGCUGGUGGGGCAGUGUAUAAAGAUUUAGUACGCUGCUUGAUGAAGCUAUGCUCAAAUAUAACUACAAUUUCAAAGCGCAAAUAUCUGUAAUGACACUGUAAAUAGAUAUCAAAAUAAGGUGUACUAUCCAUAUUCGAUACUGGCCACAUCAACAUUGUACUAAAUGAUAAUAGUGGAUGAUAACUGUGCGUAAAUAUUUAAAUAGUUUUUUCAAAUGUACAACACGUCAAAUACACAAAAACACUGCACAAGUGCAAAAUUUUAUUCACAUUUGUGACUAAUAUUAAAUUGAUAAGAAAUUCCCAACAGAGGCUAAGUUGAUAUCUUAAGCCAACGACAACUACUGCGUUCAAUUAUCUAUAAUUUUUAAAUACAUACUAAAUGAGUUGGCUACGUUCUAGCCCGCUGCGGCAGAGUUUAACACGCAACAACGGAAAUGGUAUAUCAUUUCUUUCUUCAGCGAAUGGUAAUGGUGCUAGUGGCUCUGGCACAGCCACAGCGCUAAGGCAGAGACCAAUAGACGCCGCAACAGAUUGUGAUCCACGAGCAUGUUACGAUAGUUUUUGUAAACAUUGGCAGCAGGCCUACGAAAUCAUACAACGUUCAGAGCCCGGACAACGACUGCCAUCACACGAUGAUGUAUUAGGCGUUGUGUCACAUUUAGACUUUAUGGUGACACUGCUGCUGGUGGAACUACAUCAUUGCAACAAAGUUACAUUACCUACCGCUGAUGCAGCACCACCACCUGCGCCAUGUUUGGAAUACAUGUUGAGUGAAAAUCUACUGGAUAAGUUAUAUGAAUGGGGCUGCACAACGGGACGAUAUGCUAAUGCAGUACGCUUGGAACAAUUGAAAUUAUAUGAACUACUUGUUAGUCACUCCCGACAUCAAUUACUCUGUCACGAGCCUUUCUUAAGGCCACUUUUGAAAAUACUCGCCUCAAGUCAAGGUGAAAUUUUUCCACCAGAUUUGGAAAAACGUUUAGUAAUAUUGCUCAAUCAACUGUGUGUAGUAUUAAUGCAAAAUGUGCACCUGCUGGACUUAUUCUUUUUCUCGGCGGAACAGGAGCAGCACAAACAAACAACCAGUGGUGAAGAGUUACAGCGCACAAACAGAAGCAGUUCUGGCACGAAUUUCAUAAUAUUUUCCUUACUUAUACCAUACGUCCAUCGUGAGGGAAGCAUCGGUCAUCAGGCGCGCGAUGCACUAUUGCUGUGUAUGUCACUGUCGCAGAAAAAUUCGAAUGUCGGCACCUACAUUGCUCAGUAUUCAUCCAUGUGCCCGCUAUUGGUGACCGGCUUAGGCGGCUUGUAUUCACGCCUACCGAACUCCAUAGAGAUAACCUCUAUAGAUUGGCAUCGUAUAACGCCGGACGAUGUGACGGAAAUACCCGAACUGACAUUGUUUAUGAAUGCUUUGGAGUUCUGCAACGCCGUGGUGCAAGUGGCGCAUGAGAUGAUAAAGAAUCAGUUGCUCGAUUUUCUAUAUCAGGGCUUCAUUGUGCCGGUACUGGGACCGGCAAUAUUACAGACAUUGAAAGGCAAACAUUUCCAGACAAACAUAGAAUCACAAAUAUCGGCAAUGUCCUAUUUGGACCUCAUACUCAGGUCCGUCACCGAACCAGGUUUAGUGCGCGCUUUUGUUAAAUUCCUUUUGGACACGGAAAAAUUCGAUGGUGAACGCAUAUUAGACACACUAAUCGACCGUUUGGGCUCGACGGAUGCGAAUUUAUGUAUGGUAACCAUGGCGUUGUUCGAUACAUUGAUCGGGUUGCAUUGUGAGGAUCUAAUGCUGGAACUGUUACUGAAGUACAUACUGCCCGGCAAGCAUGUACCGAUUUCCCAUCGACACAAGAUCAAUAAGAUCGACCCUUAUAUAAAUACUGUCGAAUUCUUUUUAGACCUAACGCCGGACGUAAUGAAACGCGCACGCGAAUUGACCAAGCACAAAUCACUGGGCGACACCGUGACCACACAACCGGCACACGCAGCGCUGCCGUCACCCACGUCGACAAUGAGUAAAACAAUUGGCGCAAAUUGGAACUACUAUGGCCUGCAUACGGGCACAAGUCUCUAUGCCAACUUUCAUGCGUAUCUGUUCGAAGCGCACUGUCGCAUCGCACAAUGCAAGAACGCUUGCGCCAAAUGGACGAAUGCCUACAAGUAUCAGAAGUGGCCGCCAAAAAAUAUGCGCGCACAACAAGCGCAAACAUUGGAGCUGGUAAAACAGUUCUUCACUGAAUUUAGUGUGGGCGCGUUGUCGGAUGCUACACAUGUCUUUGAUAGUACGAAUGCUAUGAUGAGCACAAGAGGUGCAGUGGAAAAAUCAGCACAACCAGAUAGCCUGCAGUCCAUUGGUGAAUCCAGUGGUUAUGAAUCGUUCAGAUGGCGUCCCGUGGAAGAUGAUGGUGGCGAAUGUAAUGACUCGGCUGCCAAUUCUACGAUGCAAAUGGUAAGCACAAUUACGGGUGAUGGUGAGUUGGACCACAGUGGUAGCAGCAGCAGCAAUGGCAAUAGUUUGGGCACAUUACAAAAACAAUAUAGAAGAGAAGUUUGGCGUGUCUCCAGCAAUAAUAACGAACUACUACUCACUGACUUGGACUUUUCGGAGGAUCUAUUCGCGCAAGGGACAGUAAGCUUAGGUCCCUUCUUAAAUGCGAUAUGGGGUAAACUGCAAACGUUCACCAGCAAUACGUUAUAUGUAAAUCUGCAUCUCACUGGUUUGAUAACGCGUCUCUCCUGCUAUCCACUACCCCUCGUGCACUCCAUAUUAUUGCGUCCAGAUAUAGUUAUUACUUCGGAUACACCAUCUUUCCACCAAAUGUUGCGCAUACUGAAGCAACAAAUCGAUGCGGAACUGCCCAUGUGUGAGGAUUCACUUGAAAUUGUUGACGUGGCGCGCUCUUAUCUCAUUGAUCGUGAAUUCCGCUUGAUAAAUGUACGUAAAGCCAGUGACAAUUCACCAGUGCAUAUCGCCAAAAAUACGCUGCCACCACAGCAUCCCCAACAACGACUCGGUCAGCAAACGACAUUUGCAAACAUAUCAUCAGCGUCGCCGGUACAAGUGACGCCCUCCUCGUCGUAUGAUCCCUUCCGUCGUAAUGAUAAUAAGCGUAAAAGCAUCAGCAAGUCCAUAACGAAUAUGUUUAGUCGCAAAGCUAACGCUUCAUCUGGCUUAUCACAAAUUUACGCAUUCUUCACCGGCGGUUCAACGGGAUCACCUUUCUCCAAUAACGGCAGCAGCACAACAACACAACAGCAAAGCGUUUCCAGCACGCGUGAAACAAGUUUAACAACGAUACCCUCAACUACGGAAUCCGCUGAACAAUCCCAUGAAGUCGCUGGCGCGCACAGUAGCCAAUUGGCGAGCAGCACAACACCGUCCAACAACACGCACAAUACGCAUACAACAUAUACAACACUCGUAUCGAAUAGUAGUGUCGCAACGCUUGGCGGCACCGGUUCGGAACCUGUCUCAUUGGACUCGCUCUCAUCUAUGGGCGCUAUAGCGAAUACAAGCGGCACCGAACGCACACGUGAUCUAGCCUUAUGUGCGGUAUUACUUGACGAAUGGCUGAAGGAGUUGGCGGCGAUUGCACAGGAGCAGAGUGUGGUAUUGAUUAAUGAAAAUAUUUGAUGGUUGUGUAAACGGCGUCGCGAUCGCAAGGUAUGUUGCUGACUGGAAGUGUUAGUUGUGCGCUCUAAAUUAAUAAACAUACAUAUAUAACUGUAUAUGUACUAUAGUAUGCAUACGAUUGUACAGAUUCGUAUAAUAAAAGCUU